AUGCAACUGCAAGAAAGGGUUUUACAGUUAAUGAAAGAAAGUUUAGAUACAUUAUCAUUAACAUUUGAAGAAUUUUGUCAUAUUCGUAAUGUAAUUACACGUGCAGAGUUAGAAACAUUGUUAUUUGAUCGAAAAUUAUACAUUGAAGUUGCUCAAGGAAAGCUUUGUUUUACAUGUCGAAAAAUUCAUUUUAAUUUAUUAACGCUAACAUUUGGUAUUCAAUGUCGUAUUUGCAAACAACGUGUAUGUAAAUCGUGCACAACACAGAUUGCUUUACCAGUAGAAAAAUUGAAUGAUAUACCCGUUCAAACAUUUACACCUUCUACAUUCUCAAAACCAUUUCCAUUAGCUAAUCAACAAAAAUAUCAUUCAUUUGAAACAAAAUCACCAGGUACACCAAUGACGAUGAAUGAUAUAUUGAGUGAAUUGCCAAAUCCUUCAUUUCAUCGAAAAUUGUCAUCAACUUAUACUCGUUCGUCAUCAUCAUUUGAAUGUCAAGCUGCAAUGACAUCAGCAAGUAAAAAGUUAAAAGUUGAAACAAUAACUAUCUGCACAGAUUGUUAUUUUCUUCUCAAUCAAGUAUUGAACAACUAUCGUCAACGUCAUUUAUCCAUUUGUCAUUCUUCUACCAUUCCUCGUGUACCAUCAUUUCAUCGUACUUAUUCUUCUCCUCGUUCAACAUCAAAUAACAAUUUAUCCAGUCCAUCAGCAUCUACCUCAUCUUUUUCUCAGCAACAACAACGAAAAUUAUCAAUAAAAACAUCAUCAUCAAUAAACAAUUUAAAAGCAAAAUCAGCAAAUGAAUUAUCAAUCAAUCCCACUACUUCUACCACUAGUAUCACGUCUUCUUUACCCAAUUACAAUCAUAAUCGUGUUAGUUUAUCAAGACAAAAUUUAUUUUUAAAAUUAAAACCAGCGUAUGAUAUGACAACAAUGAGUAGUAUUAAGACAGGCUAG